AGUCCAAAUUUGUCAAGAUCAAAGUAGGCGUUCGGCAUGCACUCGCCUAUGUAAUUGGCUUGUGGCGUGGAUGCGCUCGUCUACUCUCUCUCUGUUCCUUUUCCUUGCUCUAGAGAUCCCUUCUGCUCAAGCUUUUUGAUCUUGCAACCCCCUCGAGCAUUCACUUGUUGCAAUCUUGAAGAUCAAUUUAUUCUAGGAUGGAGUUUAUCAUUGGGAACUUGAAUGGGGAAUCCUCGGCUCUUAACCAGGACAUCGUUAGGUGUCCAUUUUUGCGGAACAUUAAUGAACCAACCAACUUCUCCUUCUCAACGGCCAUGCCUUUUUCCAUGCCUGUAAGACAUGGGAAAGGUCCAAUUUUUGAGGAUGGUCCUAAUUUUGAUAUGGCAUUCAGGCUUUUCCAUGGGCAGAAUGGUGUUGUCCCACUUUCUGGGAAGUCGUUUAUGCGCAUAGAGAAGUCUCCUUCUGAGUCAUCACCAGCUCAAUUCAACCCCUUGGCUGCAAAGGCAGCCACCAUCAGCCUCUCUGCAUUUGGCCCCGGAGGACCUUUUGGAUUUGAUGCAUUCUCAGAGAAAUGGAAGAAUGCAAAGAAGAAGUCAAAUUCAUCCAGAAAAGAGUCUUCCUCAAAGGGUGGUAAAUCAGCACAUGAAGCAACAAGCAAUGAAUGGUUGCAAAACGGGAACUGCCCAAUCGCCAAGUCCUAUCGAGCUGUCAGCAAUGUCCUUCCUCUUGUAGCCAAGACCCUUCAGCCCCCACCUGGCAUGAAAUUCAGGUGUCCUCCAGCCAUCGUUGCUGCCCGGAGUGCUCUAGCAAAAACUGCCUUUGCCAAAAACCUCCGUCCCCAACCUCUGCCUGCAAAAAUCCUUGUUAUAGGCAUGUUGGGCAUGGCAGCAAAUAUACCUCUAGGAAUAUGGAGAGAACACACAGAAAAAUUCUCCCCUUCUUGGUUUGUUGCCGUCCAUGCAGCCGUCCCCUUCAUAGGCAUGCUUAGGAAAUCUGUUCUGAUGCCUAAGACAGCCAUGGCUUUAACCAUUGCAGCUUCUGUUCUCGGACAGGUUAUUGGCUCCAGAGCAGAGAGGCACCGGCUGAAGACGACCGCAGCAAAAAAACUCGUCUCAGCUGAAACUUCAAUAAGCGUAACUCUUAACAGUGGGCACUGUGGUGAAACUGUCGACUGGAAGCCAGAUUCUCUGCACGUCCCGUCACCACCAGCCGACGUGAUCUGCUGAUUGCCGUGGAGUUUGAUUCUAUACUUGGCCAUUUUCAGAUUAUAGCAAAGCACCUUGGUGGUGUCUUGCAUUCUUUUUGUUCUCAUCACCAACUUGAAUUUAAAUACUGGGAAUGGUGAAAUAAACGAGGGAAUGAGUGGUGUUAUAUGUUACUUGAUUAUUUGAAAUCCUUUACAAUAAUGAUGAAAUAAUGUUUCAAGUUAAUUUUAUGAUGCAUUGAUAU